GGCAGACUACUCCGCAAUCUGCAACCCACAACCGCCUCGCGACUUUAUGCCACGGCUAUUUUUAAGAAACCUGACGUGCCGCUUUCCACGUUUGUUUAAUCUGCUCUACUUUAUCUCGUUUUUACCAACCGAGUGAGAUUAUGUUCGUGCCUAACCUAAAAUAUUUGACCGUCGAAUCUGACAGCCGGGAGACACGUGGGUUAAAGUUUUGACAAACUUUUAAGCAAUAUUUUUAAGUUUUACAUAUUUAAAGUUUAACUGUGCUGUGCUCAAAAAAUUAAAUGUCAAUAUUCUUGUUAAGACCACAAGGCAUGGGGUUUUAAGGAAAUUAGCGUUUUUUGAGUGACCGUAUUAUCUUAUGACAUAGAAAACAUAGGAAUUGAAACCAAAUAUACAUAUCGUUAUAAUAAAUUAAGUGUUCAAUAAAAAAACAGUAACUGCCUGAUAAGUGAAUAAUGUGGACAUGUCUAACAGUGUAAUAAAAAAGUGCUAAAAGUGAGAAUUAUUAAAAAUAAAAGUCAAAAACCUUGUAGAUAGAAAAAUGGGUGCUCCUAAAAUACUGUGUGUGCUCAAAGCUUGUGAAUUGAACUAAAACUAUUUCAAAAUGCUUAGCCGAUGGAAGAGUAAAGACAAAUCUGAAAAAACUGGCAAAUCUUCGAGCUCCGCCGGCAAAAAGAAAAGAAAAGGAAGAGACAAUGAAGAAGAUUGGCACGGCGAUGGUUUACGCAUGGAUGGUGGGCUGUCGGACGGAGAGGCGGGCCGGGUGCCGCCACGAGGCCGGCCGUCGCGCCGUGAGGAUCCUCGUCGGCACACUCUCGCGGGUAACCACUACCUGCAUCCUCAUCACCCUAAUCAAAUCAAUUCUUUGGAGCUUGAGCGUAUUGCACCCGCGACCACUUCAAAGAACAUGCCAGAAUAUGCGACUGUCACCAAAUAUCGUGACGUCAGUCAGAAAAUGUUAGAUCCUCGUUUGAGAAAGCAUCCGCUGCCACGAAAUUAUCCACCGACGAACAAUGCUCUUCUAUUCGAAGAUGAUCCCGGUGUUAUGUCCGAAGUGGAAACAGCAUCGACUGGCUUCAGACGCGGAGGCAAGCAAAGAUCUUCAUUACCAGUCGUAAGAACUCCGAGCAAAACGCUAGAACGCCCACUGGGUCUAGUCUUCCUGCAAUAUAGAAACGAGACAAAGCGCGCUCUCCUGCCGAAUGAGAUAACAUCAAUCGACACCGUGAAGGCUUUGUUCGUGCGGAGUUUCCCCAAACAGCUGACGAUGCAAUAUAUGGAAUCACCUAUGGUCAAGAUUUACAUCCAUGAUUCCAACAAGGAUAUGUUUUACGAACUCGAGGAUGUGCGUAGUCAUCUUCAUGAUAUAAGAGACCGGUCAGUUCUUCGACUGUUCGAGUCGAAUGACAUCGGCGGUGGCGUAUUUCCCGGCGCUGUUGGCGUCGGUUCAGUCUCCAUGCCGGCUGGUGCUACUGUCUGCCCGCCUACAUCGAAUUGGGAUCAGGACCAAAGUUACUUCAGUGAGCCUGAAAUCGAUUCUGAGUACCACCACCAUCAUGUUCAUAAAUCUAAGGUCAAAGCGCCUGCAUACUACAUGGGUACUGCAGCACCCAGCACUCUGCCGCGAGGUGGUGCCAUCAUACGGGCAUUCUCACCCGCCGCCCCGCCUGUGCCCGCAGACCGCGUCAAGACUAUACCAACAACCGUGCCGACCAAGCCGUUGCGAUACGCCCCCGGCACAGGUUCCGAGAGGUGUUUUCCCUUCGCCGACUGUCCUCGGGUGACAGAGCAGCUUUACACAAUCACUGGAGCUAAUUCGAGUUCAGGGCUUACAGGGGACGGGUAUGUGUCGUCACCCGAGCGCAGCGCCUCUCGCCCCCCUUAUGAGGACCCCUAUUAUACACAGUUCUUAGGACAAGCGGCAAGACCUAACAUCACACCACUUAUCGAUGAAGAGGCCAGUGAUACUGUAAUUAUCGACGAUUCAUAUCAGUUGUAUGGCGUCAAUGCCAUAACCACAGCGCCGCGGCCAAUGCCACGACCACCAUUGGAUGCCAGGAUGACGACACAAGUUGAUGACAUGCAACGUUUACGUGUAGAGAAAAUGGAACGUCAGCUUGCGAAUUUAACUGGCUUGGUGCAGAAAGCACUGCAGGUUCCCGGGCCCACGCCAGCCCCGGCAGCGGCUCCUCGCCAGGAUUUCCAGACUUACCAACCUAGACCGGCUACCACCGAAAAAUCUGUCUCGUUUGAAAAAUCCGUUUCCUUUAGUGAUGAUCCUCCAGACAUGAACUCUCCUAAACAACAUUCUCCACAACACUCAGCUGAUACAAAACCAGCUAAACCGGCAAUCAAAUCAUCCACUUUGCCGAGGACGUCUUCACAAGAACGUGAUCGAUUGAAACCGGCACCUCCGCCAAAACCGGCCGGUCUUGUUAGCCAGCAAGUGCCAUUGGCACCGCAGAAAACAUACACGUUGAAUGUUGGUCCCGACUUUUUCAACCAGUUGCGAACGCUCCAAAAGCAAAGCCACGAUCUUAGAAUCGAGACAAGAAAUCUGCGACGCUCCACUUUGUCGCAGGCAAUUCAAAUGAGGCAACUUAUGGCCGACACCAUUGUCAAGAUCGGUGCUAUUGCAGCCAGUUUCUGCGAGCAUGAUCCCGAUUCACAAUUGACAAGGGAGGAAGAAAUUUACAGACAGGAUAUGUUGCUUCUCGAGAACGAUCUUUAUGAACUUGAAGCAACAGUUGAGAGACUUCGUGGUCAAGCAGCUAACAGAGAAACUCGCGUGAACAUGGCAGACAUUGAGCGUAUUGCCAUGGUGCUCUCAAAGAGCAGUAAGACUGUUGCUGAUUGGAAACUCAAAUUCCCGAUACUACAAGAAACUAUGAAAGUUAAAUUAUCAUCAGAGAUGGAGAAAGUUGUGCGUAAAGAAAAAAUGCUCGAGGAUGAACCAGAACGUCUUGAGCUUGCUUUACGUCGUUGUAAGAAAUUGACAGGCACUUUGGUUACCCUUAAAAGAUUGGCCUGUGUGCAAGAGCAGCGUCUUCCAAUCAACGAUGGCCGCACUUCUCCAGGGUCUUCCCAAAGCUCCUCACUCACAGCUGGACCAUCAUCUGAAGAGUUCGCACCGGAAAAUACUUGCCACCUUGCGACUUCUCACAACAAGGGCACCGGUGGCGUCAUCCCCAUACGAACAGGAACGAACAGAGGAACAACAGACGUGCGUCCAGAGAAUGCCCUCGACGCGCUAUUAGAUGAACUGCAAACCUUCGCUAAGCCGUCGGAGCGCGCGGCGAGAACCGAAGGCCCGCUGCGGCGGCUGCAUUCGUAUCCGAGCGGCAGCGACACUGACGCCUCGCCUCCGGUCCGAGCCCGAGGUCAGCACCCACCAAAGCCGCCGGUUCCUGAACGACAUCCAGAGCUACUCGCCCUAGCCGCGCGGCGCGCUCCGCCGCCACCGCCACCCAGGACGACGUCCCGCUCCCCUCUCGCCUCCCCCACAUCACCAUCCUCUCCUCGCGCUGAUUCUGAUUCCUGUCGCUCAAAUCACGAGUCAAAUUACGACGAAAAGGGUAAUUCGCGUCAGGCGGUUCUUGAACAACGACACCAGGAGCUACUAAAAAAACAAAAAGCCCUUCAAGAGCAGUACGCCCGCUUACAAAUGAUACACAGAAGCGGGCCUGCUAUACCACCUAAUGUUCAACUAGAGCUCAAAAAAACUGGUAGCGAGUCAAAUCUUCUUACUAAAAUGAAUUUAAAUCUUGCGCCAGCCACCAUAUCUGGCAGCAUGACGCACUUAGCUGCGGAUAGCGACAGAAAAAGAAAUGACAUUAGUGAUCCUGAAGUUGUGAGCCCGCAGUCGAACAAUACGCCUGACGCGAUCCCCACCACGAAUAAAGUUUACGAGACUGACAUACUGUGACCACAUAGUGAUUGCUUUUGAUACUUGUAUAAUAAUUUUGAUCCCAAUUUUAUAUAUAUUCUAUUAGUAGCAGUGAGUUAUUUUACGUCUCUGAUAUUUGUAAAAUCACAAUUAGUGUUCAGUAAUAUAAUAUUAGCGUAUCAUACACAAGUUUGCGUCAUCAUAAUGUGGGGCAUCCCACAAGUAUUUAAUGGUAAUAGUUGCUACAUAUACUCGUACAUCUAUCCUUUUAGGCUUUCCCCCUUUUUGGUCGGGCUUCAAAAAAUCAUUGUAGAUAGUAUCGGCAUAAUAAGUAGUCGCUCAUACGUAAAUAUAUAAUAAUUAAAGUUUAACAUUAAUAUUAACGAAACGAUAUUUUUUUUCCUAAUAACUAUUUGAUAAAUAAUUUACCCGAUACCUACUGCAAUAGAUUAAAAUAGAUGUACAGAUUUCAUUUAACUAAUGAUAUUAGUAAAAUAAUAAAGAAAGCCCGCCGAGUCCUUACUCUAGUAAACAAGGGGCUUGGCACGUUUCGUACGUCUUCCAUAAACUUACAUCUAUACAAACGGUUCUUUAUAAUGCCUUUGCUUUAAUAAAAUUAUAAGUUUAAGAUCGUCAGAAAUCCUAAUAUAUCCGUAGAUUCCGGACUGACAGUAAGAUUCCCUUAAGAUAUUCGAAGAUUCGAAAUCGCGGUGACUUUAAUGUUUCGAUGUUCACUGUUCGCUUCAGGAAACCUUAUUGACUAAUAAAAUUAUAGUAACUAAAUUAAAUUUACUCAAGACUCUAUUCUGAUGGUACCUAAACCGUUAUUUUUUAAAUUUGUUACCAUGAAAUCUCCUAAAUCUGUUAUUAGUUACACAUGUCCUAUAUACAGGUAAAUCUCCUUUCCCUAUAUCCUGCUCUUUCCAUUGUAUAUAUUUAUUCCCUAUCUUAAGCUCUUCGUCUAAUAAAAAUCAUUGAAAAUAACCUGUUUAUAUCUUCCAUAUACCACGUCAUGCAUGUAAUGUGCCAAGUAAAUUAGCUUAAUUAUUAAUUUAUCCUUCGCGCGUCUUUUAGGAAUAAAUUGAAAAUUUCUGGCACAACGAAAUUUAAGUAUACUUAGUAAUUAUGUGUCUAUGGAAUAAAAUAAAAAUCACGAUAGCGAACUAUUUAAUAUUUUUGACGGCUUAGAUAUUAUCAUUUAAUUCGACCUUAAAUAUAUGCCUUUAGAAAUUUUAAUAGUACCGAAUGAAUUUAGCGUUAAUAAACCAUAGUAUGCUCAGUGAUUUGCAUGAUAACCCAUUCCGACCCAUCCGAUGAACAUAGCUAGAUAAGAUGUAACUCUCGUCGGAUGGAUCGAUUCAGAAUAGCUUAUAGCAGGAACUAUUACCGAAUGUUAGCUAUAACAGUGAGUAUCCACUGCAGUACAAAAAUAUAUCGUUAUCCAUUUUUAAGAAUAGAUUGUGAGGAACGAUAAAAUUCUUCUGUACAUAUGUUUCGCAGUGGAGACUAAGCAAGAAAAAGAUCGCUAUGACAUUGGUACUCGCACGUAAACCGUCAAUAAUAUUACUAUAGUUUAUGUUAAACUACUCGCUUAAAGAUAAAUAGUAGAAUUAUUGUCAAAUUGAUUGAUAUUAAAUAAAAUAAAGAGUGAUAUUGUAUAAAAAAAUUUGUGUUAUGUAUUCUUAUUUUUAGACUCAAAUAUAUCUGUAUUAGAAAACAUUUAGUGUCUAGAUUUUUAGAUGUAGUAUCCACGUAUGAAAAUGAUUAUGCGCUUUUCACUGUUUAUUGAAAUGCCGUGUUCACUAUAUGUGCCGCGUACGUCACCGCUGCUUAUUGUAUUUGGUACAAUUGAAUAAAUUACAACGAGAAAAAUAAUUUUAUUAAUUAAAAAUAAUCAGUAACUUAUUACAUUUUCGUUUGAAAAAUGAAUACCUAGACAUUAGUUAAAAUGUUAUAAACCCAAGAGUUUAAACAGCACGCGGCAUCGAACACAUUUUAUAGUUAUAAAUAUAUAUUCGCACACAACAAUUUAGCACAUAUAAUAAACAAUUUAUAUAAAAGUAGUUGACUGCAAUGUUUGUUUGACGCUAUACAAAAUAUAGCUAUGUUUCGAUGCUCAGGUCAGGUCGUUCUUUUGAAUAUUUUGAUAUUUAUUUAAUAACUUAUAAACUGUUAAGGCUAUAUUAAAUAAUAAUUUAAUUUAUGUAUUAAUAUAUUUCGUUAUUC